ACCACUGGGAAGGGAGAGAGGGAUGUCUGUGGGACUGGACCACUGGAGCCCUAAAGCUAUGGAGCAGGUAAACCAGGCAGCAGGCGUGCCCACCAGCAGGAAGGAGAGGAGCUAUAGGCAUGGACCGCUGCCAUAGCAGAUAACUCUGCUGUCAUUUCAUCACUUUUUGUCAUUGUAAUUAAUGAUCUUUUCUGGUCACAUCAAACAUUCCACACGACUUCUCCAUCAGUCUGCUGACUUUUACAAUUUCUGUUUCUCAGCUUUUAAAUCUGGGUAAAGAUCUGACCAAUAUUAAGGCUGAAGAUACAUAUGUGAGGGGUGAUGAGCAGAUCAUAGAGGACAUUCCCACCGAUAACCACCCAGAUGACUGUACCAGGAGCUCAGAGAAACAUGUGAUGUCAGAUUUUAAAACAGAUGAUUGUGGUGUCGCAGAAGAUACACAUGAAGAGCAUGCCAUUAUCUCAGCUGUAUCCUCAGCAUUUCACAGCAAAGGUCUAUCAUCACAUCCUUUGGAUGGAUUUCAAUCUUAUGAUUCCUCACAGACUGUUAAGCAAAAUAAAAGCAACAGAAGAAGUGUUCAUCAUCAAAGAAGUCACACAAGGGAGAAUGCUCUUUCAUGCCCAGAAUGUUGGAAAUUUUGUAAAUCUAAAUCAGAUCUUAUUAGACAUCAGAGAACUCACACAGGGGAGAAGCCAUUUUCAUGUUCAGAAUGUGGGAAAUGUUUUAUUGAUAAAUCAACUCUUGUUAUACAUGAGAGAAGUCACACAGGGGGGAAGCCAUUUUCUUGUUUACAAUGUGGGAAAUCUUAUAAAAAGAAAUCAUGUCUUGUUAUACAUGAGAGAAGUCACACAGGGGAGAAGCCAUUUUCUUGUUUAGAAUGUGGGAAAUCUUUCAUAAAUAAAUCAAAUCUAGUUGCACAUCAGAGAAUUCACACAGGGGAGAAGCCGUUUUCUUGUUUAGAAUGUGGGAAAUGUUUUACUGAUAAAUCAACUCUUGUUAAACAUCAGAGGAUUCACACAGGGGAGAAGCCAUUUUCAUGUUCAGAAUGUGGGAAAUGUUUUCAGCAGAAAUCAAAUCUUCUUAACCAUCAGAGAAUUCACACAGGGGCGAAGCCAUUUUCUUGUUCAGAAUGUGGGAAAUCUUACACACAGAAAUCAUAUCUUGUUAUACAUGAGAGAAAUCACACAGGGGAGAAGCCAUAUUCUUGUUUAGAAUGUGGGAAAUCUUUCAUAAAUAAAUCAAAUCUAGUUUCACAUCAGAGAAUUCACACAGGGGAGAAGCCAUUUUCUUGUUUAAAAUGUGAGAAAUGUUUUGCUGAUAAAUCAACUCUUGUUAUACAUGAGAGAAGUCACACAGGGGAGAAGCCAUUUUCUUGUUUAGAAUGUGGGAAAUCUUUCAUAAAUAAAUCAAAUCUAGUUGCACAUCACAGAAUUCACACAGGGGAGAAGCCAUUUUCUUGUUUAAAAUGUGAGAAAUGUUUUACUGAUAAAUCAAGUCUUGUUAUACAUGAGAGAAGUCACACAGGGGAGAAGCCAUUUUCUUGUUUAGAAUGUGGGAAAUCUUUCAUAAAUAAAUCAAGUCUAAUUGCACAUCAGAGAAUUCACACAGGUGAGAAGCCAUUUUCUUGUUUAGAAUGUGGGAAAGCUUUCAUAAAUAAAUCAACUCUGGUUACACAUCAUAAAAUUCACACAGGGGAGAAGCCAGUUUCUUGUUUAGAAUGUGGGAAAUCGUUCAUAAAUAAAUCAACUCUUGUUAGACAUCAGAGAAUUCACACAGGGGAGAAGCCUUUUUCUUGUUUACAAUGUGAAAAAUGUUUUACUGAUAAAUCUACUCUUGUUAUACAUGAGAGAAAUCACACAGGGGAGAAGCCCUUUUCUUGUUUAGAAUGUGGGAAAUCUUUUAUAAAAAAGUCAACUCUUGUUAGACAUCAGAGAAUACACACAGGGGAGAAGCAAUUUUCCUGUUUACAAUGUGGGAAAUCUUAUACAAAGAAAUCAUAUCUUGUUAUACAUGAGAGAAAUCACACAGGGGAGAAGCCAUUUUCUUUCUUUCAUACAGAAAUCAAAUCUUUUUAAACAUCAGAGAAUUCACACUGGAAAGAAGUGAUUCUAUUGUUCAGAAUGUGAUAACUAGAGAUGAGCGAUCUUUUGAAAAAUUCAAAUCUGCAGCUUGGUCAAAGUUCAAAAAGAAAUUUGAUUAGUUCUGAAAUUUGUCAUGAAUUACUAUGUUAAAACCCCAUUUAGCCUAUCAUUCAAUGAGACCAUUUUUAAUGGCCCCUUAGACCUGUCUAUCGGCCAUUAAAAACGGUAAUACGCUUAUAUGCACAUAUGGUCUUUUGGGUAAAAAAAUUUAU